UCUUAUCCUUAGUUCCACCCAAUGUCCUCAACCCUAGCUCCCCUCUUCACUUUCAUACAACCCCCUCCACACACUUACACAAUUCUGCCAACCCACCGUACCCUUUUCCCCUCCUGAUUUCCUCAGCUUAAGUCGGGAACAAAGUGUUGGGGCUUAGAGUUUACCACGAUCCUCCCUUCCCUUUCUCCUCCCACCCCAGCCAGCUCCCAUCCCGUGAUUAAACCUUGGCUCCCGGAUAUUUUUAAACAGUAAAGCCAGGCUGAGUCCAGCUCUCUGGCCAUGAUAUGCAUGUUCUGCCUAUACAAGAGUCAUAGAUGAGCCUGUGUGGGAGAUGGGGCCCGUGCAGGUGACCCCAAUCCAGGGGGAUGUGACUCGUGCAGAAGAUGUGGUGGCAGCUCUAGCUGGAGCAGAUGUAGUCAUUCACAUGGCAGGGCUGGUGGAUGUAUGGGGACUGAAUGACCCUGAGAUCAUCUACAGGGUUAAUGUUCAGGGGACUCAGAAUGUGAUUGACGCCUGUGUGCAGACUGGGACUCGGUUCCUGGUGUAUACUAGCAGCAUGGAGGCCUUGGGGCCCAACACCAAGGGACAUCCCUUCUACCGGGGCAAUGAGGACACCCCCUAUGAGGCGAUACAUACACAGCCCUAUCCUCGAAGCAAGGCCCAGGCAGAGAGGCUAGUCCUUGAGGCCAAUGGGAGAAAGGUCCGGGGUGGACUUCCCUUGGUGACAUGUGCCCUACGUCCCACGGGAAUCUAUGGUGAAGGCCACCAGCUCAUGCUCGAUUUUUACCGCAAUGCCCAGUGCACUGGUGGAUGGCUUUUCAGGACCAUCCCUGCCUCUGUGGAACAUGGCCGAGUUUAUGCAGGCAAUGUUGCUUGGAUGCAUGUGCUGGCAGCUAGGGAGCUAGGCUCCAGAGCCACCACUAUGGGUGGGCAAAUCUACUUCUGCUAUGACGACUCCCCUUACAAGAGCUAUGAGGACUUCAACUUGGAAAUCCUGGGCCCCUGCGGCAUUCGCCUCCUGGGAACUCGGCCCCUUCUGCCCUACUUCCUGCUAUUCCUCCUGGCUAUCCUCAACGCUUUCUUGCAGUGGCUACUCCGGCCUUUGGUGGUCUAUACAGCUUUAAUCAACCCCUAUACUCUCUCCUUGGCAAACACCACUUUUACUGUGCACACAGACAAAGCCCAGAGGCAUUUUGACUAUCAGCCCCUCUAUGGCUGGGAGGAGAGUAGAGACCGAACUGUUUCCUGGGUGAAGACCAGAAAGGGGCAUCCUGGUCCCCUUCCUCGUGACUGAGCCCUGGAAGUCGAAGGCCCUGGGUUCUAAAUUCCAUCCUCUGAUACCAGCCAGGGGCUCUCCUCACCUGGUGACUGAGCCCUGAGUGAAACUUAGCCUUGUUUCCCAUAAAUGACCCUAAUCCAGGGGAUUUUUCACCUAAGGACCAAACUCUGAGAAGUGCUGCAUUUCAUAUUUUUAGAUUCUUUUCUCUAACUCUACUGAGGGAAAUUCCACACAUGUUCCUAGUCACCAGGGUUGGGAAAAGAUAGAUCUGGGUGCUAAAUGCCGUUCUCUGAUACCCAUCUGGAAGAUAUCUAACCCUCUCUACUAUAAGUGAAAAGACAGGGCCUUGGGGAGAGCUGUACCUAGAUUCUAGACUGAAUUCAGUGCCUUUCAACUCCCCUUCUCACCCCCACCCCCACCACCCAGUGACAGCAGCUCCCUGGAUUCCUAAGAUCACCCAGGGUUCUAGAUCUGGCCUCUUAACCCUAGCCACAAACUCCUGGCCUCACCUGAGAACUCUGUUAUGCUGUUUGCUGCCUUGUUCUCCUGUUGGAACCCUCCCAUGAGACUGGCUUUGCUCGCCAUCUUUACUAUAGUAUUAGCCCAACAUCGACCUUCCCAGUCACUUUGAUAUUAAACAUAUUUGCCUUUCUUC